CUAAAUUUCUUAUGCCGGGCUGGGAGCAAACUUUCACGGCCAGCCGGUAGUAUUGGCUUGAUUGCUAUCUGAAACAGUUUGUUGUGAUUUUUUUGCGGAAGAUUUUCCCAGAGGAUACUGAAACUUUAGAGCAGCUCACCAGAAUGGGAUCCCAUUGCUUUGGAAGAAAAAAUCUCGUCUUGUUAAUAUACCUAAUUUUGUGGGGCGUCCAUGGCUACUUGGCCCAGGCGAUUGGGGAUUUUGAUACCCGAUUUUUGUGUUCCCAGCUGAGAAACGACGUUCCUUUUCAAGAUCCUGGAUAUGGAAAUAGCUACCUGGGAUGUAAUGAUGGGCGGGGAAUUGAGGUGAACAAGAAUGCGACAGCAUUGGUAGAACCUAAAACCCUGGCAAAUGAAAAACUCUCCGAGGAUCCAGAGACAAUGCGGAACCCAGAGAAGAAGACUUCGACAAGGGAAAUUUUAAAACCUCCCAAAAUCGAGAAGAUACCCCAGACAAUCAAGGAGCCGGAGACUCCUAAAACCUUGGCAUAUGAAAAAUUCUCAGAGAGCACCAGGAAAUAUCAGAUGCUUGGAAAUCCUGAAAAUAGCGUAAAUGUCGAGAUCGAUCCGAUGAACAAGGAAUCGAACACCCCUCUAUUCUUAGCUGAGAUCUUGGGGCCGGCAAUCCAAAACUACCAAUUUAACGAAGAUUACCAAUCCACAGUCCCCACCGAAGUCGGUCCUGAAUUCCAUGAACCCACCAAACAACCUGAAAAUUCCGAUCCAGAAAUUCCCAAUGGUCCUAGGGAAUAUUUUGAUGCCUCCACCAUAUGUCCCCUGCUUCCACAUGGUACCCGUAUCAAGGAUCCAAAUUUUUGCAAUUUCUUUAUUGAAUGUCAGAAUGAUAUCAUCCUCUGGGGUAGCUGUGAUGACCUUUAUUUUGAUGCCAAAACUGGAAAAUGUCAAGACCCUGCCAUGGUGCGUUGUCUCUCCAGCCAACCAUGUUUGUAUAAGGAUGGUGUCUUUGUUGCCGAUCCUUAUUCGUGUGAAACCUAUUAUUAUUGUUCGCAGGGUGUGGGCAUUCGGGGUACAUGUAGUUCGGGUAUGUUUUUCAAUCCGGACACAGGCUAUUGUGUCCGAGACUUUCCCUGUCCCAUCGUCCUGUAUCCGGAAGAUGUGUGUAACAUUGUGCCGGAUGGUGUGAAUAUCCAAGUUCCUCAGCAAUCCAGGGAGUAUCAGACAUGUUGGGAUUCAAUACUGUAUAAUAACACCUGUCCGGAAACAUUUGUCUUUGACACUGGCCGGGGUUAUUGCAUCCCCACGGGUCCCAUACAGGAUCCAACGGAUUUGGAGUCCUCAUUCCGUCCAGAACACUAUUGUCCCUUUGUGGCCUAUGGUACUCUGAUCAAGGAUCCUCGUUACUGUGACACCUAUGUGGAGUGUAUGGAUGAUAGGAAUAAGCCCCACACCUGUCCGGAGGGUCUACAUUUCGAUUUGGAAUCUUUGACCUGUACCGAUCCGAAUACGGCCAAAUGUCUGACAAUCAAACCCUGUCGCCACAAACAUAUGGUAAAUGUGGCCGACCCAUUUUCCUGCAGCAGUUACCUGUAUUGCUAUAAUGGCAUUGCCAGCCGGGUCCAAUGUCCGACUGGCCAAAAUUUCAAUCCCGAUACGGGUUUGUGCACCACCAAUUAUCGCUGCCAAAUCGAAGUUCACCCGGAGGACACGUGCAAUAUAAUUCCCGAGGGAAUUGGCUUCAAGGAAGACAACAUCACCGAUGACCGGGCCUAUCAGGUAUGUGUGGACAAAAAAUUGGAACAGCGUCUCUGUCCCUACCCAUGGGAAUGGAACAUCUUCGGCGGACAAUGUUUGCCACCUGUAGUUAAAUGUACCCAAUAUGGGGUUUUCAUGUCCGACGGCUAUACCUGUGACGGUUAUAUGUAUUGUAAGGACCAAGUCCAAACGUAUCAUUCCAGAUGUGAACAGAAUCGUUUCUUUGAUCCUACGGAGGGUGGACAAUGCGUUCUGCGUACCAAUAUUGCCUGUCCCUAUGAUCGUUGUGUCACCCUGGGCUAUGAGGGCAUUCAAAUGGCCAACAUUUUCAAUGACGACUGCAGGGGAUAUGCCAUCUGCCAGGAUGGCAAGGAGAUUGCAAGGAAUGUUUGUCCCUCAGGACUUUAUUUUGAUGAGGCCACACAAAAGUGCGAGUCGUACAAAGUAGAAUACAUGGCAUGUAAAAAAACAAUGUAAAAUACUGAAGAAAAUCAAUAAAUCAAAUAAAGACAA